AUGAGCUCGUCUCUCGACGCCGCCGCUGCACCGGUGCAGCCGCUGCCGUUCCGCUUUCCCAGCGCCCGCGCUGACCAGUCCACUCCCACCUCCUCCUCCUCCCACGCCCGCUCUCUCUCCGCCGCCCUGACCGAACGUACUGCCUCGCACCGCCUCUCGCGCUCGCUCUCCUACACCAACACGCCGGCGCCGUUCCUGCUGCAACACGAACCCGCCGUGCUGCGCAACCACGUCCGCUCCUGGAACCGCCCGUCGGCGCCUCGCCCGACGCCGCUGCGCGCCUCGUCUGCCCGCUCGCUGCGCCCGCUCUCCAUCCUCGCCUCGCCGCGCCGCUUCUCGCUCGCCAAUGAUGCCUGCUCCGCGCCUACUGCGCCGUCUGCCGACCGGCCGCGCUCAUGCGCCACGCCCCGCUCGCCGACGAUGGACUCGCCCUCGUCGCCGCGCUCCGCCUCGCUCGCGGGCAUGGUCAUCGAUCUAGAAGAACUGCUUAGCGACACCAAGAGCCCUGCGCUGCUGAAUUCCUUCUCUUCGCACUCACCUUCGACGCCGCACAACUUCUCCGGGCCCGAGUCGCCCGAAGCAGAGCGUUCGCCGCCGUCUGCACAGCCCACGCGCCCGGCCUUUCGCCGCCAGUCGUCGCAGUUCAGCGUCGAGCAGCUGCCCAGCUCGCCGCUCGCCAGCGAGAUUGAGAGCUUCCAGCGCGCCUCGUACAGCGCCCGCACUCGCAGAGGCCAGUCCAUCACGCGCUCGCCGCCCAUCGUCAUCAUGCUGCGCACCUCGACCUCCUCGGUCAGCGCCAUGCCGACGAGCGACUCGAUCUCGUCGAUUGCCAGCACCUCGACGCACUACGACGACGCGCCCGAGUACAGCGUCAGCUUUGCACCGGAAGAGCCGGCGCGGCCACGCGCCUACACCACUUCGGCUGCGGGCUCUCGGUCGCCGAGGCAAGGUGCGUCGUCGAGCCGGCUGCUCGUCGACGACACAGGCAGCUCCACCGAGACGGACCGCACGCCCACCGUGGCGUCUCAGGCGGCGUUCCACACGCCGAAGCGCCAGACCGGCCGCAGCCACCGCCGCAUGCUCAGCGACACGGACGCCAUGCUUGCUCGCGCCGCGACGGCCAGCGUCGCUGCCACGGCUGCUUCGUCUGCUGCUGCUCGUCCUGGCCAUGCACGCCGCCGCAGCCGCACGCUGUUUGAGGCCAAAGUCAAGGCUCAGUCGAGCCGGAGACGCACGCGAGAGCUCUCGGGCUCUUCUCCCUCGCUCGAGGCCGCCGGUCCGCACACGCCGUCGCCACGGCCUUCGCGGCGUAGCGAGCCGCGGCAAGCCUCGCUGCGUCCCAGCAGCGCUGAGAAGAUCGAGCACGUCAUCGUCUCGCCCGAGCUCAAGGACGACGACGCGACGCUGUAUGCCGCCAUCAGCUUCAUCGACGGCGGCUACAAUGCCGGCAGCCCACUCGGCGGCAGCGACACGUCGCCCGGCUCGUCGCAGGGCAGCAUGAGCUGGAUCGACACGCCCAAGGGCAGUCUCUACUCGCCGCUCUCGCCGUUCCACGAGGCACACCGCGCCACGUCGCACCUUGCCGAGGAGCUCGAGGUGUGGUCGAGCUCUGAUGAUGACGAUGAGGCCGCCGGUGCACACGCUGCUCCGGCCAACAAGCGCAAGACGCGCAGCUCGCGCGAGAUGUUCAGCACGCCCGACGCCAGCCCCAUGAUGUCGCUCGCCGGCUCGGCACGCCAGACCGUCGUGCUGCAGGCCAGCGCCCUGUCGCUGCGUCUCAAGUCGGCCGAGCGCCUCUCGUCGCUGACUCGCGGCAAGCUGGUGCAGCAAGAAGCACUGCAGCAGGCCGUGCAGAGCCAGCAGCCACAGCCGCAACCGCAGCAGCCGCGCCGCGCCGCCCGCCAGCUGCCGCCGAAGCGCGAUGGGCAGAGUCUGACGGGUCAGCCGCUGCCGGCGCUGCCGACGCUGCCGACGCUGCCGGGUGCGAUGGAUGUGCACGAGUCGCCCAAGGGCACGCUCUCCUCCGACCAGCCGACGUUUGCGAGCGCACACCACUCGCUAUCAACUGGCCCUCGCAUGGCGUCAGCCGAGGCUCGCACUCGCAGCGGCUCGAGCACGUCGACGACGAGCACAUGGAGCUUUGCCUCGACGGCUGCCGGCAUCAUGUGCAUUCCCGGCGACGAGAUGGCGAUGAUCCAGCGCGACGCCACGGGCCUGGGCAUCAGCAGUGGCCUGACCACGCCGAGCGCCUCUCCCACCAAGCCGAUUCGUCCCGAGCGCAGCCUGCGCCGUCCCAGCGCCACGGACCUAACGGUGUCGACAACUGCACUGCUGCAGCCGCAGGCAGCUACAGCGCCCAAGAAGCGCUCUUCGCGCUCUGGCAGCGGCUCGAGCUCGCGCCGUCGGCAUACAGGUCCGCGUCUGGAUGCUGCACUGCCCAAGACGCCGGCUCGCAUGGCCAGCCUGGAGCACUGCGUUGCGGCGCCGUCGGCUCGUAAGCAGCUCAAUGCGCCGCCGCCCGCACGCCCGCUGCUUGGUGCAUGGAUGAGCGAGUCCAUCACGCCGCAGCUGGCGCCCGCCGCCUUCCAGUUCGUCACUGUGCCGCCGACCCCGGAUCCGACGGCGCCCACCGCCUUCGAGUCGCCUCGCCAGGCACCGCGUGCGCCUUCGCCGGCCGACAAGUCGCUGCCUCCGCCGCCGGUCGAGACGUCGAGCACUGGCACGAGCUUCGCCUCCUCUGCCUCAGUCGCCACAUUCGUCGCGCGUGUCACACAGCAAGCUGGCGCCGAGGCGGCGACUUUCGGCACGUCGCCUUCGCGCCCUCAGGCCAGCGGCGGCCUGCGUGCUCGCCUCACGGCCAAGCUGCGCAGCUCGACGUCGUCGCUUACGCUGCGCAGCGAGUUUGCGCAGGUGACGCCGCCCGGCUCGGCACGCAGCGAGCGCUCCAGCUCCGAGCCGGAGGAGAUCGUCGCCUUCAGCCCGACGGGUCCGCGUCCCUCGCUGCCCGUGGCGAUGGAGCGCAACAUGUGGAGUGCCAGUCUGGGCCGUUCGUCGAUCAGCCAUCUGCGCAGCAGCAACGGCUCUGUCGCCUCGCUCGGCUCCGUCAUCUCCGCCGAGGCCGAGGCCGAGGAGGACUUGGCCUUUGCGCGCUCCAGCAGCUCCAUGUCGCGCCGCAUGAGUCCCUUUGUGCGGCGCAAGAGCACGACGCUGCACCGUGCAUCUGAGACGUGGUCGCGCUCGUCUACGUCAAUGGAGCGUCACGGCUCCGCCAGCAGUGCUGCUUCAUCGGCGAGCAGCACGGACAGCUACUCGAUGCCUCCGCCCAUGGUGCGCACCGACUCGUCGGCGACGACGGCGACCGUCUCGUCGUUCUCUGACUCAGAGGACGACGAGGAGCUCGACGAGACGACGGCGCAUGACCGCGUCGACAAGCUGCGUGGCUCGCUGCGCCGCACGCCGUCGCGGCUCGGCCUCAAUGCUCUCGCGUGGCCGCGCGCACGCAAGGCGUCGCUCGACGUCGUUGAGCAGCCGUACAUGGCGCCGCCCAAGAGCGCCACUCGCCGCUCCAGCCUCUUUGGCAUGAACGUGUGGGCGUAG